AGGUAAACCAUACUCACAUACACACUACAAUGUAGUACACAUGUUUGUAUGUACGUAUAGCAGAAAUUAAAAAUAAUAAACAAAUAAAAUAAGUCACGUAUAAAUACAAUACAUGCUGUAUUAGUUACAUUUAAGACAUCGUUUAAGAAAGAGUGAAAUUAAUAAAUUUUUUAUAUUUAUUUAGUAUCUUGCCACAGAUUAUAUUCUCAAUCAAAUAUUUUUAUAAACAUUAAAGCUGUAGCAUGUAAACAAAAGACGACUUGUUGCAUUUUGAUUUGGUUUAUUUUUAAACAAAAAUGUAAAUGACCUAAAAAAUAUCUACAUUAAAUAUAUGCGUACGGAUACGAAUUAUACAUAUGUGUGCAGAACAACUAUACAACUGCCUUUAAAUUCACAAUCGAAGUAUUCAUCAAGUAAAAAACACACAAAAAUAAGUUGUAAAUAUGGAUGUUUGGGGUGUAUUUGUUGGAGACUCCACAAUAACUUCAGGCGGUGUAAUGCGUACAACGUAUUAUCGAGAUUAUGAACAAUUUCCUUAUGGUACAUUGGAACAAAAUUCUAUGGCAAACUCAAAAGAUCCAUACAGUAAAGUCCAAGAAAAAUCUCAAAAAGUACAAGCAGAAAAAACAAAGAAAAAGGAAUGUCCAUUUUGCAAGGAACAUAAAAAGCGACCACUAAUCAACUAUUUAAGAAAACGAGAAUCACGUAAGCACCACGAGAGCAUUUGUGAAGAUGAAGAAAACUGUGCUUAGUUGAACAUACUUACAUACAUAUGUAUAUUAUUCAACUCACAUUAAUUUUUUAAGUUAACAAAUUUAUAAUUUUUUAUUGUAAGAGAUUAUAAAAUAUGUAUGCUGAUAUUACAUGUUAUUAACAACACAUUUUUUUGGUUUUAAAAUUGUUAUUUAUCAUAUAAUCCCAGAGCCAAUGUAAAAAUUAACAUUUUACAAAUAUUAUUAUUAAUUUUUAUAAAAUUAAAUUCUUCUUUGAUGUUAUUCAGCCUAUUUUAGGUAAUAAUUUUAAGAGAUUAUUGAUAUGUGAAAAUUAUUAAACUUUACAUAAAAUUUACAAUUCAAAAAGGCAAUUUGUUUCAAAAUGUAUCAAUAAAAAAUAAGUCGAACUUA